UUUCGCUUCCCCGUCCAGUCCAUUCCUCUUCUCACCUCCCCUCCCCUCCCCUCCCCUCCCCCGGCGGCCCUUUUCCCUUCCCCGUUCAAAGAAGCUCGCAGCAGCCGCCGAAAUCCAGCGGCAGUCGAGGAUGGCGGCGGCGCCGCCGCCGGACGGGCAGGAGAAGGUGAUCGCGGCGGCGCAGCACAUCGUCAAGUCGCUCGCCAGCUCCAAGAACGCCGCUGACGACAUGAUCCGCAUCCUCUCCGGCUUCGACAACCGCCUCUCGCUCAUGUCCGACCUCUUCCCCCCUCCUCCCCCUUCCGCCGCCCCCGUCGAUUCCAUCCUGGAGGCGGACGAGGGGACCUCCCAGGGGGACGGGGACGACCCCGACGAGGACGACGCCGUGGCCCGGGCCGAGGCGAGGUGGGACGCGGCGGCCGAUGUGAUCGAGCGCUGGGAGUCCCCCGCCGCUGGGGACGCGCUGGUGUUCGACUCGCGUGAGGAUGCCGAGGAGUACCUCGCCGCGGCCGCCUGCGUCGCGGGCGCGCCGGGCCCGCGCGCCGAUGCCGCGCUGCAGGCCGCCAUGGCACGGCUCGAGGACGAGUUCCGCCACCUGCUCGUCCGCGGGGCGCCACCGCUCGCCGCCGAGGACCUCCAGGCCUCGCUCCUCCGCCGGCUCUCGCUCACGGUGCCCUCCUUCAACUCCUCCGCCGUAGACCUAGACUGCCCCUCCUUCGCCCAGCACCACGCUUCCGCCGCCGAGGGGGGAGACGAGCAGCAGGGCGGCAGGAGCUCCGCCUCCGACGACGAGAUCUCGCCCUACCUCAUCGCCCCGGACACCGUCAGCGCCCUCAGGGACAUCGCCGACGUCAUGCUGCGCGCGGGCUACGCGCCCGAGCUGUGCCAGGUCUACGGGGAGGUGCGCCGGGACACGCUCAUGGAAUGCCUCGCCGUGCUCGGGGUCGACAAGAUGAGCCUCGAGGAGGUGCAGCGGGUGGAGUGGGGCGUGCUUGACGGCAAGAUGAAGAAGUGGAUCCAGGCGCUCAAGGUUGUUGUCCGGGGCCUCCUUGCUGAGGAGCGCCGCAUCUGCAGCCAGAUCCUUGCGGCCGACCCUAACGCCGAGGAGGAGUGCUUCACUGAGGCGGCCAAGGGCUGUGUCCUGCAGAUGCUCAACUUUGGUGACGCCAUUGCGAUUGGGAAGAGGUCCACAGAGAAGCUGUUCCGCAUCCUUGGUAUGUAUGAGGCGCUAGCUGAGGUGCUACCAGAGCUUGAGGGUUUGUUCUCCGGUGAGGCAAAGGAUUUCAUCAAGGAGGAGGCUGAGGGAAUACUCGCGCGGCUCGGGGAUGCAGUGCGAGGCACGAUUGAAGAGUUUGCUAAUGCCAUACAGGGAGAGACUUCUCGGAGACCACUGCCUGGUGGGGAGAUCCAUCCCCUUACCCGCUACGUCAUGAACUACGUGCGGCUGCUUGCGGAUUACAAUGCCUCGUUAAAUAAGCUUCUGGAAUGUUGGGAUACUGAGUUGACUGGGGUUGAUAAUCCAAACAUGACUCCAUUGGGGCACUGUGUGCUCAUGCUGAUCACACACCUACAGUGCAAGAUUGAUGAGAAAUCGAGGCUGUAUGAGGAUGAGGCGCUGCAGAACAUAUUUUUGAUGAACAAUCUGCUGUAUAUUGUACAGAAGGUGAAGGAUUCAGAGCUCAAGACAUUGCUUGGUGAUAACUGGAUUCGCAAGCGUCGUGGUCAGAUAAGGCAAUACUCUACAGGGUAUCUCCGGUCGUCAUGGACUAGGGUUUUAGCUUGCCUGAGAGACGAUGGGCUUCCACACACAAUGGGUUCAUCAAGCCAACUCAAGGCUGCACUGAAGGAUAGAUUCAAAAACUUCAACUUGGCCUUCGAGGAGUUGUACAGGACACAAACAUCAUGGAGGGUUGUGGAUCCUCAGUUAAGAGAAGAGCUGAAGAUUUCCAUCUCCGAGAAGGUUCUUCCAGCAUACCGUUCAUUUGUUGGAAGAUUUCGGGGACAACUAGAGGGAGGGAGGGGUUCUGCAAGGUAUAUAAAGUACAACCCUGAUGAUUUGGAGAACCAGGUCUCAGAUUUUUUUGAAGGGAGAAAGCCGAAUGCUUGAUGGUCAAGGGAUGUCCAUAUCAACUAUGCAACCUCAAGACCCAUGCAAAUUUUGAUGAUGCUAGUUCCAAGUCCCCCUCCAAAUUUCUUGGCACUAUACUGUACAGGGAACUUGACCUUCAAACAUCUUUUGACGGUCUGAAGAUGGAAAUAUAAGCUUCUCCUGAACUGACAGAAACUGUGUGAACUGCAAAGCAACCUGAAUUGAAUACUUUAGCUUAGCUUGUCAUCCUUGAUCCUGUCAGGGUGAAUGGUGACAUCAUUGAGGCUUGCACAUGGAAUUAUGACAACUGCAUCUGCCAUGAGCUGUGUAAUUGCAAUUCUUACAUUUUACCCUUCUUUUGUCGAUUGUAACAUCUCAUGGCUAUUGUUUGACUUCAAAAUGUUGAUGCUUGGCACUUCUAUGUACAAUCCUACCAGCAGUUAUGUUCACAUUUACCUUAUAAUGUGUUGUAGCCUUCUGUUAUAUUCAUUCGUUAAUGAUAAACAAAACAUAUAGUUUAUGUGAAUGC